CUAUAUAACCUGGUCCACAACUUUUCGUUGAAAGGAAAUUUUCAAAUGCAUUUACUCGAAAUUCCACAAGAACUUUUGUUGUCAGUAUUAGCAGUAGCAUGUUUUGAAAAGAAAGACUUGCUUCAUUUGGCGCUAACCUGUCGUCAAUGGGCUUCUUUAACCUUGCCAUACUUAUGGCGAACCCGGCGUCUCAAUAAGGGAACUGAAUACAAGCAAUUCGAGACAACAGUUCAAGAGUCUCACUCUGAAAAAGCUUUGCACCCGUAUGGUGAAUACGUCAAAAAUCUUCAACUCAAUGAGCAUGAUGUAAAUCCACCCAUUUGCAUUGACGCUGAAGUGAUUUCAUUUAUUGCGGAGUUUUGCCCAAACCUUAUCGAACUUGCACUUCGCUUCAGUUCAAAAGUGCGAAAUAAUCGAAUGUGGAGAUUACCAUUAUCAUUGCUUGCGAAUCGACUUAAUAAAUUAAAUAUUGUUGGUUAUGAACAUUUAGAAGUUCGCCCAGUAUCCGCUACUGGAUUUCUUCAAUUGAUGAAUCAAUGGCUAGAUUAUGCAGAAGAUGAUGCUAGUAAAGAUGAAAAUUACGACGCGCUCUGUGAAAUAGCUCACAAACUUAGGCAUAUCACACUUACUUAUCCUAAAAUUCCCAAUAGUAUGUGGGAAAGUCUCGCAAAAAAUGCUGGCAGCUCUCUUGAAAAUAUUGAGAUCUCUAUUAACGGUUCCAUCGUUCCUGAACUUAAUGCAUCGCUCAUUGCAAAGUCAUUCGCAAAUUAUUCCUCUAAUCUGAGAUCCUUUAAUUUGGCAUCGUUCGAAUGUGAGCCAGUUUCAAAGGAAGCUUUACUCGAACUUAUCCAAGCUACUCCUAAACUGUCAUUUUUAGAUAUCGCGGUUGCAAGUGAUGCUGCUAGUGUCCUUCCAGAUUCCACUUCCUUACGUACAGUUUAUCUUUCAUCAACAAUUCACGGUGAUGAUUUGAAAAACUUUGGUCGCAUGAACAGUCUUAUCUCUUUGUCAAUUCUAAAAAUCGAAGGUCAUUGUGAUUUCAAGUUUUUGAGUAUGCUACCGAAUCUCGAGCAUUUUUCUCUUGGAGAAUACGGUGACUUGAAUGACGAAAUAGUUAGCAAUAUCGUGAAUAAUUCACGAGUGAAGCAAAUUGAUUUAGUGAAAACUCCCACAAUUACCGAUAAAGGCCUUCAGAUUUUUGCUUCUAUGGAUACUCUGAUGAGAUUUUGUAUACGUGAUCGUUUGCCAAAUAUUACCAGAGACGGGUGGCUAGCAUUGGUGAGAAGACCACCCGGUUGUCAGUCUUGGGACAAACUUUCAAUCAACGACGGAAGAAAAAUCGACUCGGAAUUUUUUGAGGUUUUGCACCAUGAACAUCCGAAUCUUCGUAAGCUCAAGGUUCGUGGAAUUAAUCGAAAUCUUUAUAAUGACGCGGCAUUCAGCAAACUCAAAUUCAAUGAGUCAUGGCAGCACUGUCGGAACACUUCUUCAUUAGCUACCUUUGAUUGGCCAUUGACGCAGCGUAAGAACUAUAAAAAAGUGACUUUAUUAGAAUAA